AUAAUAAUAAUAAUGAAGACAUUGGGGUCGGGGGUUCGAUAACCACCGUGGCCCUGUGUGUGUGGAGUCUGCAUGUUCUCCCUGUGCUGCGGGGUUCCCUCCGGGUACUCCGGUUUCCUCCCCCAGUCCAAAGACACGCAUGGUAGGCUGAUUGGCGUGUCCAAAGUGUCCGUAGUGUAUGAAUGGGUGUGUGAGUGUGUGUGUGAUUGUGCCCUGCGAUGGAUUGGUGCCCUGUCCAGGGUGUACCCCGCCUCGUGCCCGAUGCUUCCUGGUAUAGACUCCAGGUUCCCCGUGACCCUGAAAUGGAGUAAGCGGUAGAAGAUGGAUGGAUGGAUGGAUGAAGACAUUGGUUUUUAUUUUUUUCCUCUUCUUGUAAAUGUACUUUUGAUCUUGUAUUUCAGUAUUUCUGUUCAUUCUUGGUGUUAAAGCUAACACGCGCUAUUAAAAUACAUGCUCAUCAUUAACGCCAGGGUUAUAGUCUGUAAACUUUACAGUCUGUGACAAAAGAGACUAUAAACGGCUGGAAAGUAGUUCCGGCUUGCCGACGUCACAGAAAGUGGGCGUGUUCCGGAACGUGCUGAGUAUAAAAGCGCGAGGUUGCCUGACAGUAAAGUUUCCGCGAGCCGCUCGAGGGAUGCGCGCGCCGUAGACAGCGCGCUUUCUAACACCACUUCAUGUACACUUUUAUAAUUUUAUAUACUCAGUGUCUUAUCCGUUGAAUCCGGUUACAGAAACAAACACCCGGCGUCGCGUUUUCAGCUCGUGACUCACAGGAAAUGUAGGGCUGACAAUAACAAUAAUAAUAAUAAUAAUAAUAAUAAUCCAUCAUCAUCCUCAUAAUUAUAACAAUGAUAACAAUCACUGCUGGAUAAACAAAGCUAAUGUAAACCAAACACCUGCUGAUGGACAUUCAAUAAGCCUGGUCCACAGUUUGCAUUCAUUUUGCAUUAAUCUCCGGGAGAAUGUGUGCAGGAUCAUGUGUGGUAUUAAACAUCUCAAGAGGUGUGAAGGCUCUCUGAGAUUGGAGAAAGUGGGUCUUGUGAGACGUCCAGGCUUUCAGUAAGCCCAGUGUGGUGUAGCAGGUCAGAGCCUUGUGUGUGGGACCAAUCGCAUCUGGAACAAAAGGUUUUUAAGCUGCGCACUCUACUUUCUACCGCCUUCUACAAGGAUUUUUACCCUACCCACCCCCACCCCCUCUGCAUCUUUUACAAGAGAUGUGGAAACUGUUGUAGGCCUGUUCUGGCCAGAGAGAUUUGGGACGUGGGCAUUGUGUUCUGGACCCUUUAAUACUCUCUUCAGCCAUGCAUUUAGAGGUGAAAGUUGCACUGAACUUCAUAGUGUCCUACUUGUACAACAAGCUCCCACGGCGAAGAGCGGAUCUGUUCGGAGAGGAGCUGGAACGAAUCUUGGUGUCACGUUUUGAAGGUCAUUGGUACCCGGAGGCUCCGUUACGUGGUUCUGCCUUCCGCUGCCUUCAUCUUGGAGUCCCUGGGGACCCCGUGGUGGACUUGGCAGCCAGACGGAGUGGGUUGGACAUGGAGGAAGUCCGUGCCAAUGUCCCUCCAGAGCUUAGCAUCUGGAUCGACCCUUAUGAAGUGUCCUAUCAGAUUGGCGAGAAAGGGGCUGUGAAAGUUCUCUACAUGGAGGAUCCGCCAGGUUUGGGUGGUGAACCUGAAGUAUCAGAAUGCUUAGGAGGGCUUUGUAAAGGAGAUGCAGAGCUGGAAGAUGGGAAGAAUUUGGGCUUCAACCCUGACGCUCAGGUCUUUGUGCCCAUAGGUGGCCAAGCAUCACCAGUCAUGCUUCCAUCACUCUCUAAUUCACCAACACCGCUCUGUCAAGGUCUGUUCAGCUACGCAGGUUCCAGUACUCCAACGGAUCCCACUGUGCACUCCAACGCCUCCUCUCCAUCUCCACCAAGUACAGGGAUGCCCUACCCUCACCCAGCUGCCCAACCCAGCUCCCGUCCGACUCCGCAACAAAUCACCUUCACCACCGCCAGCUUUGCCGCCACCAAGUUUGGCUCCACCAAGAUGAAGAAAUGCAUGGGGAACGGGGUGGUAGGUGGAUCUGGCAGUGUCAGUGCUCCUCAGCAGCGAAUGCUGAGCCAUUCCCCCACCGCAAUGUCCUCCAUUUCACCACCUGGACUGGUGAAGCACAAACCCCUAUCACUCUCCAUGCACUCCCUGGCUGGUCCAGUCUCCAGCCAACUCUCACCCAAUGCCAAAGAGUUUGUGUACCCUGCCUCCCAGGGGCCCCUCUAUUUUGAAGCUGAGGCUCCACACCUGACCCACACUGGCCCAUUCCAGACCCCGCUUCCAGGCCCUGCUCACCCACAUGCCACCUUUGAUCCAUUCUCCAGCCAGCCACCAGGCCAUGCUAUGGGUGUCAUGGGAAGUGGCAGUGGAAUUUCUUUCAUGGAGGGUCUGGGGGGCUACAACCUGCAGUACUCCAGCCAAGCUUUCCAACCUGUAGUAUUGGCUAAUUAAGUGUUCAAGAAAGCUUGAAAGAUGUCUUCUGGGAGUUUUUUAAAAAAAAUUAUUAUUUUUCCCAACAGUUGUUACUAAUACAUAAAGUUAAGAUGGUGUUAUGACUACUAAAACCACUUGUGAUGUUUGUUUGGGGUUUUUUUUUUUUUCCUCCAUAUUGUUCGUAUUCAAGGGUUAUUAUUUUCCUUUCUCCAAAGUCAAUGGGAAAUAACCAGCCUCCUGCCGCACAGAUGUUUUGCAUUGAAUGCUAAUUGGAUCUGGGUGUUCCUCACCAAGGUAUACUUGUCUCUAGCCUGGCUGAGCAGCAUGAGCUUGUUCCAACACUGCUCUUUCAUGCUGUGAAGAGCUUCAUGCUUCAAUUUAAUCACGUUGAGAGCAAAUAUUUUGUCGGAAGGUUCAGGAAAGCAGAGAGGUUGGGACUUUGCUAUAAGCGGUCUAGUCAAGCCUCACUGUGGAGGGGGGUGAUUUUGUGUUGACACAAAUCUUGCACGGUUUUGUUUUUUUUAUUUUUCGUUCUGUGGUUUGCAUAGUUGGGACACAAUGCGCACUAUUGGUACAGGGCCUAGUUUAUGAGCAGUCAAAGGGGAUAAUGCUUUAAAGCUGUGAAACUGUUCAGGAAGACUGUGUUUUUCAUAUUCAAAAGCCAUAAAUAUGGUCCAAAGGGGGGGGGGGG